AUGCUGCCCGUGAGUUACCAGGAACUGGAACCUCAAUACAUGAAAACUGGCAGCUUUCCAUCCCAAGGCGGCAUGGCGGCAUGUCUCCACGUGCUUGCCACAAGAGGAGUGAAUUUUGGGGACAUCGAUUUUCUGAUAGGCGGUAGCGUCCUAGCUUUUUUGUGCGGGCAGGGGAAGAAAGGUGCCAAGUACCUGGCGCAGAUGUGCCCGAGCACGAAAAUGGUCAUCGUGAGCAAACACAAAACCUACACACAGAACUUUGGCCAGAGGGGUUUUCAAUUUGAACGGCUCGUGACUGGUCAAGACAUGUAUGGCUUGCAUGAUUUGACAGCACAUGAACACCUACAACUUCUCCGCAUCGGCAAGUUCCGUGUUCUCGCCACGGCGGAAGUGGACGCUGUCGAUGAUCAGGGAAGGCCUGUGGAAUUGAAAAGUAGCAACCCGCGUUUUUUUGGCAUCGACACUUUGCUCCAGAUGGUCUCGAGUGGAUCGCAACUUUUGCUCCAUCCUCACACAACGGGACUGACAGUCGAGAAAAUUCAUUGCAUACCCAUGGAACAAUUAGCAUCUAAGGUAGCUGAAGACGUGAAGGAGACAGAUCGUCAAAUUGUGGCAGCAUUUGAGCGAUUGGAUGCAUCCAAGGAGUCGAUGACCAAUGAACGCUAUUCAGUCCUACCUGAUGGUCGUUUGAGGACGGCAGAGGGGGAGGCAUUGCUCCCCCAACAACAAGUAAUCGAGGACCUCCUCAAGGAUUAA